AUGGAGGUUGAUCCCAUGUCUCCCUCGCCCGAAGGCAACCCGGCUCGACAGAGUUUGGCUUCGAUUCACGAAUUUGCCGCUUCCAACACCUAUCCAGAGUUGCAGCAUCCUCGCGCGCUGGAACCCCCUGGAUCGCAUGAUUAUCAUCCAGGGCACUUUACAUGCCCUCUCUUUUUUCAGUCCCUGGGCGAUGACAGCUUCAGGAGCGAGUCACCCGGCUUUCACUGGCAGUAUGAACUGCGCAGAGAGGCCCAGCGGAUUCUUCCCUUUCUCUAUCUUGGCCCUACUUCAGCAGCGCGAAAUAUCGCCUUCUUGAAGGAGGCUGGAAUCACAUGCGUCCUUGCAAUUCGGAGUAACCACCCUUCGCAUGAGUUUACUGUCAAUGCAGACAAAGCUGCUGCAGCCGCCGGAAUAGAGUCGCAACACGUCAAGGUAGAGGACUACCACGAGCUGGGAAGAACUUUCCCCCAGCUUGUUCGCCUGAUUAGCAACCAUGUCUGCCGCUGUCGGACACAUUCGGCCUCAACGCUCCCGGCAGAGAAGAAGGUCCUCGUCUUUUGCGAGACGGGAAACGAACGAUCGGCCAGUUUGGUGAUUGCAUACCUCAUGGUUAUAUACAACAUUCAAAUGCAUACGGCUUUAGGUCACGUCCAAGGACGACGGCUCUGCAUCAACAUCGAUUUCUCCAUGAGACAGAUCCUUUUGUCUUUCGAGUCCAUUUUAAACGCACAGAGGGAUGUUGUUAGAGUCUCUCAAUCGCCAGGGAAGUGUGGCAUUUACGUGGCAGAUGGCGUUAAGCGGCCCCAUGCCAAAUAUUCCGAGGAUGACUGUGACGUAGAAAUGGGCGAGGCCGAGAAACCGGCAAAACGUCAAAAUCUGGACCUUUCCUGCAAUCCCGGGCUCUAG